AUUCAGCACCAGGCCCCGCCCCGCCCACGUGCAGUCACUCACUCUGCCCCUCCGCCACGCACUUGUGCUGUCACUUAGUGGUUCUGUCUGAGCAGGAGGCGCAGCUCUGCCCGCGGGCGGACACUCGGCCUGCCUGUCGCCCCAUGGACACCGUGCUCCUCUUCGCCCUCGGGCUGCUGGCCCAGGGCCUGGACCUCUCACUGGGGGUUCCUGGGCUGAGAAGGCCCGGCACCCUGUUCCCCUGGCACCGGGUGCCCUCGUCUGGCCGCGUGCGCAGAGCCUGGGUCAUCCCCCCCAUCAGUGUGUCCGAGAACUACAAGCGCCUCCCCUACCCACUGGUGCAGAUCAAGUCUGACAAGCAGCAGCUGGGCAGCGUCAUCUACAGCAUCCAAGGCCCCGGCGUGGACGAGGAGCCCCGGGGCGUGUUCUCCAUUGACAAGUUCACAGGGAAGGUGUUCCUGAACGCCCUGCUGGACCGGGAGAAGACGGACCGCUUCCGGCUCAGGGCCUUUGCCCUGGACCGGGGAGGAUCCACCCUGGAGGAGCCCACGGACCUGGAGAUUGUGGUUGUGGAUCAGAACGACAACAGGCCUGUCUUCCGGCAGGAGGUGUUCACCGGGCGCGUGCUGGAGGGUGCUGUGCCAGGCACCUAUGUGACCAGAGCCGAGGCCACGGAUGCUGACGACCCAGAAACGGACAAUGCGGCCCUGCGGUACUCCAUCCUGGAGCAGGGCAGCCCCCAGCUCUUCAGCAUCGAUGAGCACACAGGGGAGAUACGCACGGUGCAAGUGGGCCUGGACCGCGAGGUGGUCGCCGUGUACAAUCUGACCCUGCAGGUGGCGGACAUGUCUGGAGAUGGCCUGACCAGCACUGCCUCAGCCAUCAUCACUCUCGAGGAUGUCAAUGACAACGCCCCCGGCUUCACCAGGGAGGAGUUCUUCAUGGAGGCCACCGAGGCCAUGAGUGGAGUUGAUGUGGGGCGGCUGGAGGUGGAGGACAGGGACCUGCCAGGCUCCCCCAACUGGGCAGCCAGGUUCACCAUCCUGGAGGGCGACCCCGAUGGGCAUUUUGCUAUCCGCACAGACCCCAAGACCAACGAAGGCGUGCUGUCUGUGGUGAAGCCCCUGGACUAUGAGAGUUGUGACCAGUACGACCUCAGAGUGGAGGUGCAGAACGAGGUCCCCCUGCAGGCGGCUGCGCCCAGGGCGGAGCGGGAUCAGGCCAGAGUCAGCGUGCAGGUGCGGGAUGUCAACGAGGCGCCCGUGUUCCAGGAGAAUCCACUGAGGACCAGCCUGGCGGAGAGGGCGGCCCCAGGAACCCCUGUGGCCACCUUCUCUGCCCGGGACCCCGACACACAGCAGCUGCAGAGGCUCAGCUACUCCAAGGAUUAUGACCCUGAGGACUGGCUGCAAGUGGAUGGAGCCACAGGCUGGGUCCAGACGCAGAGUGUGCUCAGCCCGGCGUCCCCCUUCCUCAAGGAUGGCUGGUACAGGGCCAUCAUCCUGGCCUACGACGAUGCUUCCCCGCCCUGCACGGCCACCGGAACCCUGUCCAUUGAGAUCCUGGAAGUCAAUGACCACGCCCCCGAGCUGUCCCCCUCAUCUGGAAGCCUGUGCAGUGAGCCAGACCAGGGCUCUGGCCUUCUCCUGGGUGCCACGGACGAGGACCUGCCCCCCCACGGGGCCCCCUUCCACUUCCAGCUGAGCCCCAGGGUCCCAGAGCUGGCCCGGAACUGGAGCCUCAGCCGGAUUAACAUGAGCCAUGUGCGCCUGCGGCUGCGGCACCAGGUCCAGGAGGGGCUGCACCGCCUCAGCCUGCUGCUCCAGGACUCAGGGCAGCCACCUCAGCAUCGCGAGCAGCUCCUUAAUGUGACCGUGUGCCACUGUGGCCAGGAUGGCGUCUGCCUGCAGGGGGCCGCUGCGCUGAGGGCAAAGGGCACAGGCCUCAGCCUGGGCGCCCUGGGCAUCGUGCUAGCCAGUGUCAUCCUGCUGUUCUUGCUCACCCUGCCGGCGGCCCUCCUCUCACGGCUCCGACAGCAGCCAUGGGACAAGGGGCUUCUACCAGGGCUGCAGGAUGACCUCCGGGACAACACGGUUCAGAACGUUAAGCUGUGGCCCUGGGCCAGCACCCAGACUCCAAGGGUAGGGGCCUCCCAGAUCCUCUCCCCAAACCCCCAAACCUAUUGCUCUCAGAAAGGUGCCUGGGAUGGAAACCCCACCCUGUCCUGGCCCCAGGCUCAAGACCACGCCCUUUGUCCGCAGGAUGCCUACGACAUCAGCCAGCUGCGCCACCCGGCAGAGCUGGCAGCCCUGAGUGCCCCUCUGGGACGACCGCUGCUGCGCCGCGACGCCCCGUUCAGCUGGGUGCGCCCCCCACCAUCCCGCGUGCUGCCCACCAGCCCCGCUGACAUGGCAGACUUCAUCAACGAUGGCCUGGAAGCUGCGGACAGUGACCUCAGCGUCCCGCCCUACGACACUGCUCUCAUCUAUGACUACGAAGGAGAUGGGUCCAUGGCAGGGACACUGAGCUCCAUCCUCUCCAGCCUGGGUGACGAGGACCAAGACUACAGCUGCCUCCAGGACUGGGGCCCUCGCUUCGCCCGGCUGGCCGACUUGUACGGCCCUCCCUGAGGGCCGGAUGCAGUGGCCACUCAGGACAGGGCAGAGCUUUCUGAUGGGGACCUGUACUCACCCUGCUGAGGGCACAGCAAUUGGACACAGAGGGUGGACAUCCUCACCAGGAUGGACAGCCUGACCACAGAGGUCUGACUGCACGUGUCAGCAGCUGGCCGUGUAGCGUGGAGGACUGGCUGACCUGUGCAGAGAUGCCGCAGGGCACCUGGUCCCACAUGCCAGGUGCUUUGGGCAGCCUGCUUCUCCCGGGGAAGACAGAGUCCCAGGGCCAGAGCCCGGAGCCUGGAGUGGAGCUGUGGGAAGGAGGUGCCUCUCCCACCCUGAGAGCCCAACAAGCACUGCUCUGAGUCACCUGUGAGGGGGGCAGCCACCCUCAUUCCCAGCUCCGACACCCCCAUGCAGAUUUCAUCUUUGUAUGAAAGGAAGCAGCUCUCCAGCAAAUGUGAAUUAAAAGUGUGUCUUUCCGGUA